GUCGGAGCACUUUAGGGAAGGGACCUGCGGAGUAAACAGUUACUGUGCAGACGCUUGUGGAUGGUUUCGGAGGGGCCCGCCACCAUGAACCGCCUCCAAGACGACUAUGACCCGUACGCAGUUGAGGAGCCUAGCGACGAGGAGCCGGCUUUGAGCAGUUCUGAAGAUGAGGUGGAUGUGCUUUUACAUGGAACUCCUGACCAAAAACGAAAACUUAUCAGAGAAUGCCUUACUGGGGAAAGUGAAUCCUCUAGUGAAGAUGAAUUUGAAAAAGAAAUGGAAGCUGAGUUAAAUUCUACCAUAAAAACAAUGGAGGACAAGUUAUCUUCUCUAGAAACAGGGUCUUCAGGAGAUGGGAUAGUUGGAACAGCUCCGACAAAGUACUAUGACAAUAUAUAUUUUGAUUCUGAUUCUGAAGAUGAAGACAAAGCAGCACAAGUGACCAAGAAAAAAAAGAAGAAACAACACAGAAUUCCAACCAAUGAUGAAUUACUAUAUGAUCCUGAAAAAGAUAACAGAGAUCAGGCCUGGGUUGAUGCACAGAGACGAGGGUACCAUUGUUUUGGAAAGCACCGACCACGUCAACAGCAGCAGCCUGUUCCGAACAGCGACGCUGUCUUGAAUUGCCCUGCCUGCAUGACUACACUGUGUCUUGAUUGCCAGAGGCAUGAAUCAUAUAAAACUCAAUAUAGAGCAAUGUUUGUAAUGAAUUGUUCUGUCAACAAGGAAGAGAUUCUGAGAUACAAACCCCCAGAGAACAGGAAGAAAAGGCGAGGCCAUAAGAAGAUGAGGUCUAACCAAGAAGGUGCUGCGGAGGAGGCAGAGACAGAUGUGGAAGAAAUCUAUCACCCAGUCAUGUGCACCGAAUGUUCCACUGAAGUGGCAGUCUAUGACAAGGAUGAAGUCUUCCAUUUUUUCAACGUUUUAGCAAGCCAUUCCUAAAUAGCCAAGUUGGCAUUUUAAUUGCCCAAUACUGUAUACAAAGCAAAAUACAGUUAUAUUCUUCCUGCAUACUUAUCUCAAGUGACAUUCUGAGUGGUUAUUUGAGGAAGCAGUGUUUUGUCUAUCUUUUUGAAAGAAAAUGGUUAUCUGCUUUCAUCCCUCCACUUCCUUUAAAGAAAAAGAAAAUUUCCCCAGUUCUGAUGGGAUUCAUUAUUCAUUCCUUUUUUUGAUAGAUACUUGGAAACUGGGGCCUUUUAUUUAUUAAAGUUCUGUAGAAUUAAAAUGUUCUAGAGUUACAGGUAACUUUUGUUUCAGAGUGCUACUUUUAUUUUCUAUUUUGGAUAUACCCUUGGUGUACUUAAACUGGAAACUGUUUCCUCACUUCUGUCUAUAUUUUUUUGCUUAGAAGUAUGUUUAUUUCUCUUCUAUCCCAUAGGAUAGAGUGAACACUAUUUAGUAACUGUUAAAAUUAGGUAGAGUUAGUAUGGGGGUGCCUUGGGUAAUUAACAUAGGUCUUUCGUUAGAAGGAUGGUACUUACCAGUAUUCUAAACUUAAUGAAUUAACAAAGUAAAAUAGAAAUUUGUGGUAAGGAAGAGCAUACUCACCCUCUAGCUUUAGAUUUAAAAAUUCUGUUGCUGUCUCUUGUGCUACCAUUUAUUUCAGAAUUACUGUUGCAAGCAACCAUGAUAUGUUUUGUUUUUGCUUUUAAUAAUAGAAAAACCACUAGUGGCAGCUUGGAGGAAAUUGCAGUGUAGGCAUCUGUACAUUUUAGCUUUUUUAAAAAAAAAUGAUUGGACUCUUUCCAAAAACAACAUUAGGAAGCUCAGGGUCCUCUUGUUAUUUUAAUAGAGAUGUGAUAGAGUGAAAAAAAAAUCAGGAUAAGAUUAGAGAAGAGCAGUGAUUUUUCCACAGAGGUCAGGGCUCAACAGAGCUUGAGGGGGACUUCUGCUUUCUUCCUCAGAGAACGAUAUGUCUCCAGGAGGGAAAACAUCCUUUCCACCUCCCUGCCUUUUGCACUUUCUAAAAGGCUACACAUAAGGCGAACUGGAACCAGUGAUAGUGUGGUGUUUGUAGGAAUUGGAUGGAGGCAGAAGAAUGAUAAAGAAUUUGCUUCUAGGAAAUUUCUGGUGUCUUAAUAUCAUAGUUGAUCAUUUUUGUGAUAUGCUGAUAUCUAUCCAGUUGAAUUGUGGUGCUGGAGGACUCUUGAGAGUCCCUUGGACUGCACAGAGAUCAAAUCAGUCAACCCUAAAAGGACAUCAACCCUGACUAUUCAUUGGAAGGACUGAUGUUGAAGCUGAAACUCCAAUACUUUGACCACCUGAUGCAAAGAGCUGACUCAUUUGAAAAGACCCUGAUGCUGGGAAAUAUUGAGGGCAGGAGGAGAAGGGGUGACAGAGGAUGAAAUGGUUGGAUGGCAUCAUUGACUCAGUGGACAUGAGUUUGAGCAAACUCCAGGAGAUAGUGAAGGAUAGGGAAGCCUGGCCUAUUGCAGUCUGUGAGGUUGCAAGGAAUGGACAUGACUGAGCAACAAAAAUCCAGUUGAAAGCAAUACAUAUACUUUUAAAUGUUUCAAUAUAUAUGCUUUUAAGUGUUUCAGUGUAUAUACUUUUAAAUGUUUCAACAUAUUGCCAGAUAAUACAUUAGAGAAUAACA